AUGUCUCCUUCCAAAACUCAUAUAAUAGAGCCUUGGAAACUCACAGCUUCUGAGGCCCUUGCCCAGAUCCAAGCCGAUGAACUCUCAGUCCAAGAGUAUGCAGAAUCGCUGCUAGAGAGAAUCAAGAAUCGGGAUGAGGACGUCAAAGCCUGGGCAUAUCUUGAUAAAGAUCAUGUCAUUCAGCAGGCAAAGCUUCUAGACGAGGUUCCUAAGAAGAAUCGAGGACCUCUUCAUGGGCUUCCUAUCGCUGUGAAGGAUGUCAUCUAUACAAAAGAUAUGCCAACGCAGUUUAACUCGCCGCUCUAUGACGGGCAUUUCCCCGAGGUAGACGCUGCUUCAGUUCGAAUCCUUCGUCAUGCUGGGGCUCUGAUAUUUGGCAAAACAACAACUACGCAGUUCGCCGCUCUGCAUAUCGGCCCCAAGACUCACAACCCUCAUGAUCCCUUCCGUACCCCUGGCGGCUCUUCUAGCGGUUCCAGUGCAGCCGUAGCCGACUUCCAAGCCCCUAUGGCCCUUGGUACACAGACAGGAGGUUCUAUGAUCCGUCCGGCCUCGUUCAACGGCAUCUACGGGUUCAAACCAACAUGGAACUCCGUCUCUCGGGAGGGCCAGAAGGUCUACGCUCUGAUAUACGACACUCUAGGGUGGUAUGCGCGAUGUAUCGAAGACUUAGUGCUGCUGGCCGAUAUCUUUGCCCUUCAAGAUGACGAAGGUGAAGAAUCUGUUUUUCGAGGCAUUGAAGGCGCACGCUUUGCAAUCUGCAAGACAGUUGUGUGGCCUAUGGCUGGCCCAGGCACACAAGAAGCUCUUCUCCAAGCUGCAGAUCUACUUCGAUUGCACGGCGCGACCGUAGAAGAGAUCGAACUGCCUUCAGAAUUCGACGAAUUUCCAGAGCUAUAUCGCAUUGGUCUUCAUAGCGAAGGUCGUACGGCAUUUCUACCCGAAUAUCGAGUUGGGAAAGAUCAUAUCGGCCAGGUACUAAUCGAGCAUGUUGAGAACGCCGAUAACUUCACUCGGAAGACACAACUCGAGGCUUUCGACAAGAUGGCUGCCCUAAGGCCCGUCUUUGACAGAAUUGCUUCCCAAUACGCGGCUAUCAUCACGCCGAGUGUGCCCGAUGAGGCACCCGUAGGUCUUGAGAGCACGGGGAGUCACAUAUUUUGUUCCAUGUGGAGUGGGCUGCACACUCCAGUGCUGAACGUGCCGGGAUUCAAAGGGGAACAAGGAAUGCCCAUCGGCUUAUCCCUCGUUGCGCCCCGAUAUCGUGACCGCCAUCUGUUGGAAGUAGGCAAGGCAGUUGGAGAGGUCUUUGAGACUGAAGGAGGUUGGGAAACAAAACUGGUGUAA